GUCCUCGAUCAUGCUGUUCAAUCCCGCAUCCUGCGAUGGCUCAACAACCACGCCAUGAGUCGAACCACUCAGCUGCCUCUUGCUUCAUCCGCAGCUAAAUUCAUCGUCCUUCUGCUCGGUCCAACCGGCUCUGGCAAAACAACAUUGGCCAAGGCCCUCGCCCAAAAAGUGGCCAUCCGCCUAUGCGCAAUGCACGCAACGAUCCGCCUGGUCGAAGCUGGCUCACGCAACCAUAUAACUUCAACCACUUUGCCAGGGGCGCCCUCGAGGAUCCAUCUCGUCUCCAGAUUCUCAUCAUCGACGAUGUUGAGACCAUUGCUUGGUCUCGCAAACGCCCAGAUGCCGAGCAGUACAUGAUCGAGACUGUUCGAAUCACGAAUCUCUGCCUUGCGGGCUUUGAUGUCCUGAGAGCAGUACCCAAUGCGCUGGCAAAUGCUACAUCCAGCAGGGACACCAUGCUUGACGAUGGCUUUCUCGAUAGAUGCAGCCUCACGGCAGAUCUGACUUUGCGAAAGGUUCCCGAGCGCUACGGGAGAUGUUUCGACGCCAGUUUCAAGCCUGCACGGAUUGCAGUAGCAUCCAUUGCGCCUCCUGCCUACCUACCGUUAUGCCGUUUUCCAGGAUCUCAUUGUCGGCGAAACCGAAGACAACAGCCCCGGCUCCCAGGUUCUUCGUCUGGCGAGAGUUGUCGGGAAUGAUGUCUCCGCCCGGUUUGUGGCCAAUAUCGUCACCCAUGCUAUAAUGGGGCACAUGUACCAUUCCACUUGCGACCUCUCUGAGGCCGUUGGCGCCUUUACGGUGCAUCGAGCAGCAUAUCCGCAAAAGGGGCAGAGACUACGCGGAUGAACGUCAGUCUUAUUUUCUCAUGCUUCAGUAGAGGUUAACUGCCGACCGAGUGCGACAGUCCCGGAGAUGGUUAUCAGGAGUCCCGUGGAGGCCAUGGUCAAGGUCGAGAAGGGGUUCCCGCCUUGCCUCGAUUGGCAGGUGGUCACUGGACAUGUUGGGGGCAAAGCCCCUCGGUUCAGUACUGAGAGAGAAAACAGUCCAGGUUUGGCCGAGUUUGUCAUUUAAGAACCUUGAGGCUCUCUAACAAAGUUGCACUGCCUCACGAGUGCCCUACGACACAGAGCCGUCGUUUGGCGAAGCAUGGAGACAAGGAUGCCGAGGUUCACCCUUGAUAAAGGAGUAUGACAUAAACCACGCCAGAUCCGCAUCCCCCAGGUGUGGCAUGGGGAAUGCUGUAUUACUAGUUGUUUAUACACGGACUAGAUAGACGUUGAUGGAUGCCCAACUGGAAGGGAGCAACAAAUGUGCUCCGAGGUGGUGGUGGGCGGGACUUGGGGGAACCCGUUGAAAAGUCGAAGAACUCCAAUUCGUCGCUUCCAAGUUUGUCAUAGAAGGAAGUUCACUAUGCACUCCAAAGAUUUAUUUACCACAACAAUCAGGCCUGUACCUAUGGCUUUUUUAUCACG